UUUAUUUAUUUAUUUAUUUUUUCAAUGUCUCAAUCUUAUAAUUUUGAUUCCAAACCAACUGCACAAGAAGCUAUUAAAAGACUUUCUUCCGGUUUUAGUUUAUCUGAAAGUUCAUCAAAUGUGAAUAUCUCUACUGCAAAGGACGAUAAAUCACUUAAAAUUGCAACUUUCUCAUUGCAAGGUUAUUUAAAAGAGAAAGAGUUUGCAGCUGAAUUUUUAGAAAGAGGAGGAUUGGGUUCUUUAUGUGAUAUCAUCAAAAAUUCUACAGGAAAUACUUUAGCUUACGCACUAAAUUCUUUUUUAUCUCUUAUGGAACAUGAUACAGGUUGGGAGUCGUUAGAGGAUGACUUUAUUAUUCAUAUUGCACAUGUUGUCGUGAUAGAACAACUGGCUACCAUUGCUCGUCCUGCUAUCGCGAUUUUAGUCAAAUUAGUUUGUGCAACAUCAGAUUCCGUUUCAUCCAUUCGUUGUUAUGGCUAUCCAACCAUACAUAAAGCAAUUGAAGCUGAACCAACCUUCAUUACGACUCUUGUAGAUAGACUCCUAAGCCCAGAAUACAUGUUAUCUAUCACGAGUAUGUCACUUUUGAUUGUCAUCUUAAAAUACGUAACAGAUGAAUAUCGAAGUCAGCUUUCAAGCAUGUAUGAACACUCCAACUUACAAAAAAAUAUUUUGAGACUAAUGAAUCACCAUCCUUCAACUGAACUGAAAUUAAUGAUACUUGAAUACCAAACAGUUUUUAUGCAAAAUUUAAAUAAAAGGUAUAACUCAGCUGUUUCAAUAAAUAAUCCGCAUCAUGUCAAAAUGUUGAAUGAUAUAUGGGAAAUUGCAAAGUUAGAGCAAGUUGAUAUACCAGGUGCAAAGAAAUGGAAAAAGAUUGGAUUUACAUCAGAAGUGCCUCAUAGAGAAUUUAGACGAAUAGGUCUUUUUGGUUUGGAAGGAAUGCAUUAUUUCGUUAUAAAUAAUCAAGAUUUGUAUUCAAAACUAAUUUUAGAGCAAACUCAUCGUCCAGAGGGCAAACGAUGUCCAUUUGCAAAAGCAAGUAUAGAAGUUACAGAUUUAUUACUUAGUCACUGGAAUAUAACUGCAACAUCAAUAAAUACUACUAAAAGUGAAUUCCAACCAUUAAUAUUAAAUUUUAACCAUGUGCAUUCUACAACUUUACAAACUUUCUUUAGAAUAUUUCAUGAUAUGGAAGCUACAACGUUCGAUUUCUCAAAGGUUUCAGCUCUUGUAAGGAGUCAAUUAAGAUCAACAUUAAACGACAGUCUUACAUCCAAAAAUAUAAUCGAGUUUGAUCGAAUUAUGUUUGAAACUCCAUAUCAACAAAUUCGUGACCGUCGCUUAAAAGAACUUGAAUGGGCUGAUGAUUUAUUAGGAAGAGAUGCUAUUAGUCAUCUACGUACACGAUUAUCUAGACAAUCUUAUGAGUUUCUUAAGAAACAAAGAAUUAGUUGUUUACUAGAGGGUGCUUGGUUUCCUUGUCCUGUAUCUCAACAAAGAAUGUCUGUCAUUCCAUCAAAUAGCAAUAAUAAUAAUAAUUCUUUACAUUUAGUAUCUACUAUUACAAACGCUACUACUACUACUUCUGCUGCUACUACUACUGUUACCACUACUACUACACCUCUCAAUAACAAUCCAUCUCUUUCUUCCUCUUUGUUAACUAACAAUAUGAGUACAACGACUGGUAAUAAACGCUGGCGAUAUUACAAAUUAAGCCAAUCUAAAAAGGCGCUCAUGUAUGGUGAUUUUUCAGAAAAAAUAGCUCCCAUAUUAAAAUCAUAUGAAAAGCUACCUAACCGUAUUGAUUUAAGUUCCAUUGUUGAAAUUCAAACAAUACAUACCAAGUCAUCCAUGAAUCAUCAUAGUGCUACGUCACAAGCAUUCAGUAAUAGUAACAACAUGAUGUUGGAUAGCAGUCUAUCAUCAGCUCCAUAUGCUAGCAAAUUAUCAUUUGCAUUAUAUACGGAUCAUAAUAUUCCGCUCGCUGAAUUUUAUUGUGCCACAACAACUCAAGCAGCUGAAUGGAAAGACGGAUUCAGUAUGUUAUUACUUGAUAAGCGGUUUACUUGCAAAGAAACUGCUGAGUUAUUUCACACCCUUACAGAAGUGGGCGUGAAAGUAAAAUUAUUACAGAUUGCUGGAGAUCGAGUUGAAGUUCCUCACGGUGUUAUAGAAGUACCUCCAGUACCUUCUGGUUUAGGUACUGGAUUUUUUUAUGAUACUACUUUUGACUAUACAUCAUCAUAAUAAUAUCCGUUAUUAAUAAAUACCUAUUAUUAUGGUAUAUGAUAUAUUUAUUAUUUUAAACAAAUCAAGUUAUAUAACAAUUUCUGUACAUAGAUACUUGGAUAUAAGAAAAAUAAAUAAAUAAAU